CAAAUGCUUCUGGUGUGAUUAUCGAUACCGGUGGGUGGGUGAAGGGUAAUGGAUACAAGCAACUCACCCAUGCUGCCCAAGCAUUUGCGGUGGACAUCAUCCUAGUCUUGGAUCAGGAACAGCUGUACCAUGAGCUUGCGCGUGAUAUGCCAACAUCUGUGAAGGUUGUUCAACGCAGUCAGAGAGCACGGGCAGAAAAAAGAGACGCUAAGGUGCUUGAAUAUUUCUAUGGUUUGCGUAAACCAUUAUGUCCUCAUUCAUUUGAUGUUGCUUUUUCUGAUGCAAAAAUCUACAAGAUAGGUGCCCCAGCACUGCCAGAUUCCUGUAUGCCUUUCGGAAUGAAGGAAGAGGAUAAUCUCACUGAACUAGUAGCUGUGACACCAGGACCAGAUCUGCUGUACCAUAUUUUAGCUGUAAGUGUUGUUGCCUCGGUAGAAGACGACGCCAUUCAGAGUAAUAUUGCAGGCUUUGUUUGUGUGUAA